AAAUAGGAAUGCCUAUCCACCUACGUUGGUGCCUAUGACUAUGAAAGUUUCCUAUGAAUUGGUUGUGGUGCGCCCAGCUACUUGUUUAUAGUACCUACCUAGCACAGAUAAAAAAUACACUGUAGGUACCUACCUACCUACCUAGUGCAGAAGGCGUCAGGUAAAAUACGUGUAUCAGUGUGGGCGAGACCUAAGCAAAAGCAUUUACUUCCUAGAGAAUAUAAUUAUUUGGAUACUAGCUAAGUUAAAAUAGGCAACGAAAUUCUAGAUUUAGAAUCUAAUCAGAAUUCUAUCUAUUUAGAAUUCUAUCCAGCCAUUUUGCCUAUUUUAUAAAAAAAAAAUAUUUUUAGCGCAUUGAUGCGGCUUUAAAGUGCUAACAUGAUUGUGUGACAUUGACAUUGCGUUUGUUUUUAAUUUUAUGUUUUUCUUUUUCUCCGUCCCACAUGCCGCAACUUUGAAAACAAUUUAUUUGUUGUUUUUUGUCAUUGAAAGCAUUCGUCUAUUUGAAAUUUUAUGUAAAUGUGAAAGCAAAAUGUCUGAACCAGAGCUGACUGCAAUUUUCAAGCUCCAGUUUUACCGCAAGCAAAAAAAUUGGGUAUUCAAUCGCAAAGGGGAUACGCGCAAAAAGGAUGCCAAAAAGGAGAAAGGGGAGCCUCGUAAAGGUUACAGAGACAGAUCUCGGGCCCUGAACCAGACCUACACAGUGAGCGAAGCCCCCAGCACCCUCAAUGAGGCGUUCCUGGAGACCGGGCCCAAUGCCCCAGGUGAAGACACGGCAGAUAAAAAGAAAAUAGAUCCACACCUCUGCAGUACAGAUGACAAUGCAAACCAGGUACCAGACACACCUUGGCCCGAGGUCACAUCAGCUGAUCAACCUGAUGUGAACAUCAACAACAACCACACAGGACCCAACAAAUACCCUAAUUUGAACCUCACGCAGAAACUGCACGAAACAAAAGAGAGCCACACAGAAAGCCUAACUUUAUCCAAAGCUAGCAUCAGCUUAAACAAGCUAAGACACUUUGACAUGGAAGAAUCAGCCCAUGACAACAAGGACUCAGCAGAAAUGGCGGGUGAUCUGGCCGAGACUUGCCCAAUAUUUGGCCCAAUAGUGCAGAGCUUGUGGGUGCAGUAUGAAGCUAGUAAAGGUGGGAACAUGAAAGGUUGGCCGACAGAGAGUGAGGUGUGGACCAAUGCUGAACAUAGCGCCAUGGAUUAUGAAGAUAGUGACUUGGGGCAGCCUUGUGGUGAUUCACAAGACGUGACUGACGGCGUGGACCCGCUGUCCUACCUCGACAUCCCCUUCCUUCCCCCCGGCCUCCCCCUGCCCCCCUCGAUGACCUUCCCCCCGCCUGGCCUCAUGAUGCACCCGCCACCGGCGCCCAGGACCCAGCCACACCAAGACCUGAGGAGUCACAGCCAUUAUGAUCAGCCGCUAUCGAAAAAAGGGGAAAAUGUUAAAGCUGAUUUCGAAAGUACUUACAACCAAGCUGCUGUGACUUAUAACCAAGCUCAGUUCAUGGAGAACCAAGCUCAAAUACCUUCAAGCAGGGAAUACGAUGUAUUUAUGAACUAUCAGAUGCAGUCAAUGACUUACAACCAAGCUCGCGAUCUAAUGAUCAAACAAGCGCGACAGCUGGGUCCAGAAAAGUCGACUUACGACCCAGCCCACAUGUCUUACCAAAACUCUAGUAGUGGCCAAACAUUCAACAAUUAUACACAAGAUCGGAGGACUAGCAACUAUAACCAACCUAUUAACAGUCUCAAUGACAACCAAGCCAUCAAUAAGUUUAAAGACACACCUUGGCCACCAAGCAAGCCGAACCCAGCCGUAAACAAACCAAGCCAAAUACCAAGAUCUGUCAGCAAAACAUCUCUGCACUCCAACUUACCAAGCAAAAGCCAAACAACUUUAAACUCAAUCCCGGGCGUUUCUGACAUUAAAAGUAAUGCAUCAGUGAUGACUGUGAAUCCUCAAGUGGCAUUGGGUAGGAGGGUGUCCCAGGCUGAGGACUGGGCUGCGGGGGUGAUGGACGGGGUGGCAGUCAAAGUCCCGGGUUCUAAGCCAGUGGUGAACAGAGAGCUGUUGAAGCAACAUCUGGACAGGCUGAGGCUGCACGAUUGCUAUGAUCGCGUGGCGGAUGUUGCUCCAGACUUCCCUCACAAACCAUCUCCAAAUUACCCAGCCUACCCUCACAGCACAGAGGCUGUCUACCCACCGACCAUAGACUACACUCGGACCUCGGAAUACGCACAAGCGCCUACCGCAGAAUACACUAGGACCUCGGAAUACGCACAAGCGCUGACCACAGAGUACGCUAAAACCUCAGAAUACGCACUAUCGCCGCUGCACGAGUCUGUGAGCUCAACGUCGGUGGACAGUGAGGAGUUCAUGACGGGAGCGCGACAGGCGGCGCAUUCGAGCGAGAUCGAACUGUGUGAUCGAGUAUCGACGGACCCACCUCGCGACUUCCUCAUGCAUCGACCACCGUCGAUGCAGCAAUACUACGACCGACAAACCCCGAGCUUCGACGAGCUACCUACCCGCGACGUUGGCCCAACAUCGCCGCCAACGUUGGGCAAACACGACGUGUUCCUGUCCGGGUCUUUCCGGGACGCAGCCGCGUUCGACGGCAGCGCGGGCCGCGGCCGGGGCCGCCUGCUGCGGGCUGGGGGGAAGUCGCGGGCCUAGGGGGUCCAUAGGUCCUAGGAGUCCAAACUGGUUUGGGUGAAUUCCUGUUAAGAAUAAAAGUUUCAGAACAGAUUAAUGGGCAAAUUAAGCGUUCGUUUUGGUUGCCCAUAUUUGUGUGAGACUUCUGUGUUUAUACUUUAGCUUAAUUGAAGACUGAACAGUUUACGAGGGGUAGAUGGACAGUCAACAUAAGAGAUGAGUAUGCCUCCCAGAGUAAUCAUUUAGAUUCUUCUUCUUAGCGUGUCGGUGAAAGGAUCAGCCAGUCAGAAUACUUAGCUCAUUUGAUACCCUCCUUACGUGCACCACGAUGGUUAAAUUUUUCAGAUGAAAAAUAUAUGUGUUCCAGAAUAUGUUUUGAAUACUUACGCAAGCUCUAUUAUUACCCAUUCGUCAGAUCGUCUAUCUUUUAUCUCUAGCUUUUAAGCUCGGAGUGUUUGCGCUGUGCGGUAUUCUUAUCUCUUUCGUUGACUGUACAUUGCUGGUUACGUGUUAUGUUAGAUAUAUAUCUGUUAUGAUAGAUUCAAAUGUUAUGAUGACAAGCCCUGAAACACGUCUUAUAAUUAAAUAUUCCGCGUGUGAUUAUUUAUAUUCUUGAUAAACAGAAUCGGGAGAAUAAUUCUCAGAUUCUUGUACUUCUCUCAAAUAGUAUUAGUAGUUAAGUCUGCGCCAUCACUGAAGUCCGACAGCCGCGGCGCUGUUUUCAACUUUGUCUGUACUGAUCUGAAGUACUUAUACUUAUAGAACUUAAUGUCUGAUAGUAUAAUAUGAUAGAUUAGUUCCGCAUUUUGGCCAUAUUUAAGUCA